UCGUCAAACACAAGGAUAGUUUCGUCAUUGGGUCAAAAAAUAAAACUAUAAAUAAGCUCCUCCUUGCCCUCUCUAUUCAUCGACAUUCUCAUUCGAAUUGAAUCAGUUCAUCAAAACCUAAUUCCUCUUCUCUCUAUUUCUCCUACCAAGAUGCAGAUUUUUGUGAAAACUCUCACCGGCAAGACCAUUACCCUUGAGGUGGAAAGUUCAGAUACCAUUGACAAUGUUAAAGCGAAAAUCCAAGACAAGGAAGGGAUCCCACCUGAUCAGCAAAGGCUUAUCUUUGCUGGUAAGCAAUUGGAGGAUGGUCGCACCCUUGCUGAUUACAACAUUCAAAAGGAGUCUACCCUUCACCUUGUUCUUCGCCUCAGGGGUGGCAUGCAGAUCUUUGUUAAGACUUUGACUGGGAAAACCAUCACCCUUGAGGUUGAGUCCUCGGACACCAUUGACAAUGUCAAGGCGAAGAUCCAGGAUAAAGAGGGCAUCCCUCCAGAUCAGCAGAGGUUGAUUUUUGCUGGGAAACAACUUGAGGAUGGAAGGACCCUAGCUGAUUACAACAUCCAGAAGGAGUCCACCCUUCAUUUGGUGCUUCGAUUGAGAGGUGGCAUGCAAAUUUUUGUCAAGACCUUGACAGGGAAAACCAUCACCCUCGAGGUUGAAUCCUCGGACACCAUUGACAAUGUCAAGGCGAAGAUCCAGGAUAAAGAGGGCAUCCCUCCAGACCAGCAGAGGCUUAUUUUUGCCGGGAAACAGCUUGAGGAUGGAAGGACCCUAGCUGAUUACAAUAUCCAGAAGGAGUCCACCCUUCACUUGGUGCUUCGAUUGAGAGGUGGCAUGCAAAUUUUUGUCAAGACCUUGACAGGAAAGACCAUAACUUUGGAGGUGGAGAGCUCAGAUACCAUUGAUAAUGUGAAAGCUAAGAUUCAGGAUAAGGAGGGCAUCCCACCAGACCAGCAGAGGCUUAUAUUUGCCGGGAAACAGCUUGAAGAUGGAAGAACCCUUGCUGAUUACAACAUUCAGAAGGAGUCUACUCUGCAUUUGGUCUUGCGGCUUCGUGGUGGCAUGCAGAUUUUUGUGAAGACUUUAACUGGGAAGACCAUUACCUUGGAGGUUGAGAGUUCUGAUACCAUUGAUAAUGUUAAGGCGAAGAUCCAGGACAAAGAGGGUAUCCCACCGGACCAGCAGAGGCUUAUCUUUGCUGGCAAGCAGUUGGAAGAUGGGCGGACCCUUGCUGAUUAUAAUAUCCAGAAGGAAUCCACUCUGCACUUGGUUUUGCGACUUCGCGGUGGAAUGCAGAUAUUUGUGAAGACCCUGACCGGAAAGACUAUUACCUUGGAGGUGGAAAGCUCUGAUACUAUUGAUAAUGUGAAAGCGAAGAUCCAGGACAAGGAGGGUAUUCCUCCAGACCAACAGCGAUUGAUUUUUGCUGGCAAGCAAUUGGAGGAUGGCCGUACUUUGGCAGAUUACAAUAUUCAGAAGGAAUCCACCCUGCAUCUUGUCCUUCGCCUUCGUGGUGGCUUUUAGUUUUAGGUGUCUUUCAAGUGUGAGUCUGUCUAAUGCCCUUGAUUCUAUGAUUCUGGUUGUUAUAAUUUUCUAAACUUGUGGUUUGAAGCCCGUGUUUAAUGGCUAUUAUUAUGUUCUGAAUUUGUUGUAUGAGCCUGCUCCUAAAUUCCUAGUAGUUCCUUUAUAUAUGGUUCCCUCUUCUAA